AUGGCGUCAGAGCUACACACGUUAAUCGAAGAAGAGCUGAAAAAUAAACAUUACAAGGGUAGUGAUGAGGAGAAGGCUUUGAUGGGAGCCCUGCGAGUGGAGGCUCGUGUGAAGGAGCAUCAACAUCAGAAGAAAAUACUCACGCUUAAGCGGAGUAUUUGCGUCGGUGGGGGCCUGCUGGUUGUAAUUGUUCUAUGGGUGGUCCUUGCCCUUAAGUCCAAAUCAGCACCCAAGAAUUUUACAGGCGGCACGCAGAGUGUAUUGAUGCAGCCUACACCACCGCAGCCUACACCACCGCAGCCUACACCACCGCAGCCUACACCACCACAGCCUAUGCCCCCAUCCAGCAACGAAACGAUUCCGCAAACCAAUGCUACAAAGCAACCGAUGGACGACACUCAGGAGGGCUUGAUGACGGGAGACUACACCUACACGUACCCUAAUGAAACUCAGACGAACUCUGAAACGGAUAAAAACAAAGUGUUGAACAGCUCCCCGGAUUCGUCAUCAGCCGAGAGCAAAGGCAGCGAGGUCGCGUCACCUCCAGCCCCAACACCUCCUGCCAACGGCACCAACAAUGCCACCACCGAUUCCUCAAAACAGGAUGAAAACCCGAACGCUGGCAGCAACAGUGGGAAUGAUAAUGGUGAUUAUAAGGGUGAUGGUGAUAAUGGGGCAAAUGACGUGGGGAGAGGCGAUGAUGACCCGGACAACGCAUCUCCCCCGGAGGGCGGGCACCGUCGACUGGUGUAA